CUCCCUGCAAGAAGAGAAGCACUUCCAGGGGAGAGGGUUGCUGUUUUGGCUGGAGCCCUGGUUAAAGCACUGGAUAGAUCUGGGAUUUCUGGUCUUAUCUGAGUUUUUCUUCAGGAUUUUAGCAGCAAACCAGCUCUAAAAAACAAAAACAAAACCCAAGGCCUUAUCACCUUUGGUGUAUGUUUCAUAGCCACCUUAUACACAUAGUCUGAAGAAACAAGGAAUCUGAACUUGUUGGAGGGAGAAGUGUGGACUACUAUCAUGGCUGCUGAGCUGGACUUCUCACCCCCUGAAAUUCCAGAACCUACAUUCUUGGAAAAUAUCCUACACUAUGGCCUUUUCUUUGGUGCCAUUUUUCAGCUCAUCUGUGUGUUAGCCAUAAUCCUUCCUAUUCCAAAGACACACAAAAUGGAUACCGAAAACUUUGAGACAAAAAGUUCAGAAGUGGUAAAGAAACCUAAAGCUACUGCUGCAUCAUUAAAUAAGAAGCCCAAGAAAGAAACCAAGAAGAAGCGAUAACAGCUUCAUAAUAUAUUUUCAAGACCAGAUUAUGGCAAGCAGCAAGCUUUCCUGGAGACAAUAUUUGGUGAAAAACAACUGUAAAGACUUUUAAUAACAUUGUGCUAAUUUUUGUUUUGGAUCAAGUGGAGGUACCUCUUAAAAUGUUUAUGAUUAUUAUUGUCUGAUCUGUUGUAAAUAUAUGUAAGGUUUGCUGAACUUUUGUACUAAGGUCACUGUCAUGGCCAGCCAAGAGCAGGACUCUGAGGAUGAGGAGGAGGAUGGGUCUACUCCAGAGCAAUGUGUAAUUGAGGCUACAUCAGGUGUUAAUCCUGCUCUGCCAGAGCCCAGCCCUGAUCUCCCAGCUCCAGAGGAGGAGGUUCAGCCAGGUCCUAGUGCUGAUGGGAUUCCUCUGGUGGUACAGCAGCCUAGUGGUGACUCUGGGG